AUGACCACGCCGAUUCCCACACUGCAGACCGCAGCCGUCAUACAAGAACCAGGUCCAAACGGUACAGUGCGAAUUGACAACGCAUAUCCGGUCGAAACACCAGGCAAGAAUCAAGUUCUUGUCAAAUUGGCUUAUAGCGGUGUCUGCGGAUCGGAAGUUCGAGCACUACUUGGAUGGAGUAAUUACAAGCCGGUCGUUGGCCACGAAGGCGUUGGCAUUGUCGUCAAAAUAGGCGAGAAUGUCUCAGAGUCAGUGCUUGGACAGCGUGUAGGCGUGAAAUGGCUUCACAGUGCCUGCGGCCAAUGCUCAGAGUGCCAAAGAGGGUCUUCAAAUCAUUGCAUGAAACCAGCCUAUACAGGUGUUCAUGCUCAAGGAACUCUACAGCAAUACGUCGUUGCAGACUCACGAUAUUUGACGGCUAUCCCCGAUGGCGUGGCAGACGAGGUGGCCUCUCCUCUGCUAUGCGGAGGAUUAACAAUGAUGGGCGGAAUUGCAAAACUUGACGCACAUAUUCCAAAGGAUGGAUGGGUCGUUGUAUCAGGUUCGGGCGGAGGUUUAGGACAUGUCGGAGUCCAGAUUGCCAGCAGGCUGAGGAAAUUCAGGGUCAUCGCAGUCGAUACCGGGUCAUCCAAACGCGAGCUCAGUCUCCAAUGCGGUGCCCAUGAAUUCAUUGAUUUCGCUACCGAAGAUGUUGAGCAGAGAGUGAGAGAGAUCACCGGAGAAGGAGCUCACGCCUGUCUCAUUGUUUCUGGAUCAGAAGCCGCUUUUGAGCUUGCCCCAAAGCUGGUUCGGAACAAUGGGUUACUGGCAAUAAUAGGUUUGCCUGCUGCUACCUUUAACUUUCCCUUGGCAGCCAGUGUAUUUGCCGCAAGAGCACUCACCGUCACAGGGGUGAUGGUAGGGACUGAGCGGCAGAUGGAGGAGCUUCUACAACAUGCUGCUGCGGGAGUAAUCCAUCCGACGGUCAAAGUGGAAGAAUUUUCAGCAAUCCCAGAGAUUUUUGAGAAAUUAAAGCAUGGCCAAGUAACAGGGCGAAUUGUGGUAAGGAUUCCUCAGUGA